UAAAAAUGGCGACUCCCAAAAGGAGUUCUUCUCCAGUAGAGGAUUUUAAUCCAUUAUCUGAUGACCAAUCCCCUGAUCAGAAGUAUCUUAGUACAGCAGUCAAUGGAGAUGAAAUAUAUGAUGAAGACUUGAACUCGACAAACAGUUUUGGCUCAGAUGAAGAUUCUAUCAGUGAUCAAGAUGAUGGUAGAACUCUCGGCCAGCAGUAUUCUAUUACCCCUCCAUCUAUACCUCGUUCACAGAAACGUGAGAAAAAAGGCCAGACUAUGAGAAGUCGUCAUGCAGAUAGAUCUUAUAAAGAGUUUCUAAUUACCAAAAGACAACAGCAGCCUAAAUCUUUUGUGAAUGUCAUUAAAAAUGAGUACUUGGCAGAUCCUCCUCUAUGUAAUCUAAUGGAGCUUGACUCAGAUGACAACAUGGACAGAGACACCAUUCGAGGGAAGCACUUGAAGAAGGAGAAAAAGAAAAGGGAGAGUAAAGAGACGAAGAAGACUCUGUCCUUACUGCGGUUCAAUGAGAGAGAGGAGAAACGCUUGUCUGAAGACUUCAGCAUGCUGCACGUCUCUGAGGCGCUAGAGCAGACUGGCAUUAAGCUGGACGGCUCAGGGAGGUUUUCACAUCUACGCCAGAAGGUCAUUUUACCGCUCAGUCCUGAGUGUAGAGCCAGGCGUCAGAUAGCUGAAGUUCCAGAGUGCCAGAAAGAGAGGGCAGAGUUCCACAACAACUUUGCUCUUCUCAUCAGCUUGGGCACAGAGGCUAAGAAGGACAAGGAGACAAAAAUGUCCUCUUCUAAAAGACAGUUUAGUGUGGAGCAAGAUGUCUGGAGGUCAACUUUAAUAGAACAAAUAUGGAUAGAGCUGCAGGCUUACAUCAAUAACAAUAUCUCGCAUGAAGAACAGAUAGAACUGCUGAAAAAAGAAAGGCAGUUGCAUGAGAGGGUCAUUGAUGACAUCAAUAAUUUCUCUUUUGCUGAAACAGUUUCUGGGGAUUGUCCAGACACUGCUUUCAACACAGACACCAACACGUCCAAUGCUUUCUUCUCGGAGAAUGGCUGUAGAAGAUCUUACAAAGAACUGGUUUCUCGCAGCGUCUCAGCUUCCUUUCUAGAUGUUGAUCUUACAAAUGAAACUGUCCAUGUUCAGGAAAACGCUCUCAUACAAGUUCAGAAAUUGCUUGAAAGACUUGAUCAUUAUGAGAGCGGCUUCAACUCUACAAAGGCUUGUGAGAAAGAGAACAAAAAAUACAAAGACCCUGGGUUCCAGCGGAGGGUGAAGUGUUUGAACCUGUGGCUGAAUAUAACCUGUGACUUGUGCCAAAAACUCAAACUCUUUGGUCGCAUCAUUGGCGCCCACUCCCGUGGUAUACCCUGGCCACUAAUAAACUUUGAAUUUCCUAAACCUCAACCCCACAACCUUCCAGGCUGUGCCAGAGCAAGUGUUCCAGAUGUCUUAGAGACUGAGCCCACUGAUUCCUCUGAUAUUGAUGAAUCUGAAGUGUGCCCUAAUAAUUCUUAUUCCAAAGAUCAGGAAAACGCUGGUGAUCCUGGAGGUAAUGUGUAUCUUAGCCCCAGCCGUAAACAAGUCAAGUUUCAGUUUGGGGAUGAAAGCAACAGUGACCAAGGGUCACCCAUGGGCAGCCCAUCUAAUGAAGAUCCCAGCAACCCCUUAAACUCUAGCACGCCCAUCCGUGGUCUCAACCCACUAGCAACCAUCCCCUCUGAUGAGUCCUUUCUCCUGGGUUCAUCUCGGACUUCCAGUGAAGCCAACAUUGAGGACUGCAGGCAGCACAACCAUUCAAUCUACAGACAUUAUGCAGAGAAGUGCCUCCGCAAGAUGGGCCUUCAGAGACUCAAUGUUAGAUUAAGAGAUUUAUUCCACCGUAGUUUGAGGAGGGCAAAAGAAGCUUUACAGAGACCUAAGGAUACACUCUACUCAGAUACUGGCAUGGAUGAUGAGGAGCUGCCAAAUGGUUCAGAGGAAACAGUUGGUUCUUUUUCCUCUGGGCCAGCUUCAACAGAUUAUUCCACACGCCCUGGCCUGGCUAGAGGCAGCAGUCUUUCAGAGCAUGGAGAAUGGAGCAAACAGUUUAUUGAGAUGGAUUUGCCUUCAUUUAGACCUACUUAUCUGUUUAUUGUACGCAUUCAGCUGGAUGUCAUCCAUGAAUGUUUGAAGCUAAGAAAAGAUCAACGGCCAAUAGGAGAUCCUUCAUUUCUCAGUAUUAGACAGCUUAUCCGUGAAUGUAAAGAAGUUCUGAAAGGUGCUACUCUAGUAAAACAGUAUUACCAUUACAUGGUGGAUGCUGUCCUGUGGGAUGAGCAGGAAGCUGAGGCCAAGUAUGAGACAGAUCUAACAGAAUUUGACGAGGACAUGAAGAAUAUGCUAGAUGUAUACUUUAACUAUUUGCAAAACUGGAUCUACAUGCUUCAAGGGUUGCCUCAAGCUUCUCUUGGGAUGAAAAGUGCCUUAGAAGAAGAGUGGACGUUUACAAAGUCUAUCUGUGCUUACAUUAUGGGUGGGGAGGCAGAGGCAGCUAAAAAGUUUAGUUCAUUAGCCAGUAGCCUGCUCAGCUCUAUUGCUGAUUUUCUGGACAACAAUAUUGACGAAUACACACGCAGUCUGUAUGAUGAGAGUGUUGAUGAUGAUGAAGCUAUGGAUGACAAUGGAGAUGACAAUGAUUUUGGUGAUGACAAUGAAAGUUUAGAGAGCAAGAGAAAACUUAGGAAGAUGGCAGAAAUGAAGCAAAAUGUGCAAAAGACCCUUAGAAAUUUUAAAAACCUUUUCAAUGAGGCAAGAGAAAGAGCAUCUAAAGCUCUUGGUUUUGCAAAGCUAUUAAGAAUGGAUUUAGAAGUUGCAGCAGAUUUUAAUAUUUCUGUCACAACAAAAGAACUUUUUAGCAAAUUAAUGGAAACAAGACAUGUCCAGCUUUGUGCUCCACUGAGCUCCGGCUACAUGAUGUUCAUCCCAGACAGCAUCAAGUCCAACAAGCAGCUCAUACUGCAGCUGUUGAACGUAACCUGCGGACGUGAAGACACACCAGAUCCCGCCAAGCCGGCAGAUCCCAACAACUCCAACCACCACAACACGUCUGUCAAAGAUGACGGCUACCUGCUGAUGAUGAGGUGUGAGAAUGGCUUGGAUCACGUCAAGGAGUGCCCCCGGUGGACAGGGUUUAAACUCCAGGUGGAGCCGACAGCAGAAACAGCUAUAGCACUGUCUCACAUAGAGGUGAUGGGCCUACUGUUUGUAGUGACUAACUCAGGAACACUUGCCCAGCAAAGAAAAACGUUUGAAAAUGUUAUGGGGAAAACUAUUCAGCUUGUCAAUGAACAAACAUCAUGUCACCAGUCUAUAGCAGAGUCACUAUCUGAGCUUAAGACUAACGCCUUAGAGCUGAUGGUGAAGGUAGCUCAGGCUAUCCAACAGGUCAAUGAAAAACUGAACUUCAAUGAAGUCAUCCAACAGGAAGAGAAUAUACUCAAGUUAUAUAGGGAAACAAUGCUCAAAAUUUAUGAUUUUGGUUUUGAGUACCAAAGAGAGUUGAUGCGACUGAUUUCCCGUGACCAGCGAGAAAAAAUGUGCCAGCUGACAGUGUCAUUUGCAAAAGACUGGAUGAGUUUUGUGAUAAACAAGUGUGAGAGAGGCAGGGGAACACGUCCCAGGUGGGCGACUCAAGGACUAGAAUUUAUCUCCCUUGCCUGUGAACCAAAGAACAUUGUGUACCUGACAAAUGAAGAGUAUGAGAAUUUCCAGCACCACAUGCUGAAUUCACUGUCUCACAUCAUUGGUUCAUCCGACAGGGCUGUAGGUCCUGGGGUAUUGUUAAACAGAAGUAACCUUGACCCCUAUCGUGGUAGCCAACCAUCAAUGCAGAGGUUGGUCUCCUGCCCAGAGGCCCGUUUUAGCCGAUCGUUUUCAUCCCGGUCUGUUCAGAGUGAGCCGCCCAGCGCUCACCACUCCACAAUAGGCCUCACGCCUACAUCCAGUGCUAGUUCUAAUUCAUUUUUUGGAGACAACAGUCUGAAUGAAGCCGAGAAAGUAAAAUCGCGAGCCCAGCGUUUACACGAGCAGAUAGAAAAGCUUGAGGUUGACAGGGAGCAGAAGCUGAUAGAAAAAAGGAUCAUAGGUCAUGUGACCACCAGGGUACAAGAGCCAGACUACCGCAUGAAUGUUCGUCGUGUCAACUUCAGGUGGCAGCGAGGAAUCAAAAUAGGUGAAGGUCAGUUUGGAAAAGUCUAUACUGCAGUCAAUAUUAAUACUGGUGAACUGAUGGCAAUGAAAGAGAUGAAGUUCCAGCCAAAUGAUCAGCAGUCCUUGAAAGAAAUCUGUGAUGAAAUUAAAAAUUUUGAAGGCAUUAAUCACAGAAAUUUAGUCAAGUAUUAUGGUGUGGAAGUCCAUAAAGAUGAGAUGUUGAUGUUCAUGGAAUAUUGCGACAGUGGCUCUAUAGAAGAAGUUGCUAGAAUUGGCCUCCCAGAAUACAUGAUUAGACGAUACACCAAUGAGAUUGUUCAUGCCAUCGCCCACCUACAUGAAAAUAAUAUUGUCCACAGAGACAUCAAAGGAGCCAACAUAUUCCUGACUUCACAAGGUCACGUCAAACUUGGAGACUUUGGUUGUUCUGUCAAGCUAAAGAGUCAGCAGACUAUGCCAGGAGAAAAUAUAAACUUAGUUGGCACAACAGCAUAUAUGGCACCAGAAGUGAUCACACAAAACAUCCAAGAAGGUUAUGGAAGAGCUGCUGAUAUCUGGUCUCUGGGCUGUGUUGUCAUUGAAAUGGCUACUGGGAAGCGCCCAUGGCAUGAAUUGGAGCACAACCUGCAGGUGAUGUUCAAGGUGGGGACAGGUCACACGCCACCAAUCCCAGAGUGCCUGAGUAAAGAGGGAAAAAAUUUUCUCAGCUGUUGCUUGGUUCAUGAGCCGUCUAAACGCUCAACAGCGGCUCAACUGCUAGACCACAUGUUUGUAAAGUGUUACGAUGAUGUUGAGGAAAAUGAAUCCGAUGAUGAUUCCUGACACUGUAAGGAAAAUUAACUCAUUAAGUUUCAUGAUGGUGCUUAAAAAGUUUAAACCACACUAAGUUUAUAAAAAUCCUGAGUUUUUAUGCAGUAAUAUGCAUAAUAGUGCUUUAAAAAUGUAAUACUAUUAGUAUUUAUGAAUUUAUUUCAUUCAGAUAAAUAACACUGGGAUAUUAAGACUAGCUGAACCUUAAAUGUUCAUGUAAACAUUUUAGACAAAAAUACUUUUAUUACUUUAGAAAAAAUUUUUUGAAAGAAAACUAGUUUGGUUUUUAAAAUUAGUUGUAAAGAUUAUUUUGUUUCCUUUUGUUUCAUUUAGUAAGAUACCUGCAUGUUAAAAAUGUAUUGUUUUACUAUUCUGAUUUUAAAGUUCUCCAGUAUUUAGCUAAAUGAUAUUGCAUAUGGUCAUCAAGGCUUUGAAUAAUUGUCCCUAUCCUUAAACUAAAAGAGAGCUGGUCUUUCUUGAUCCAGUAUUUGACACAUAUCCUUGUGAUUCAUUCUUACAAAGCAAUAAAACAAAAUAAUUUUAUUCAUUUAUAUUUUUAGAUAUUUGUUUUCACUUGAGGUAACAUUUAGGCAGUCUGUUUU